GUGGCGCCACCGGAAGAUCCCCUUCCGCUCUGAGGCGCUGCCGGGGCUGCGGACCUGGCCUGCGGCUGGGGCAGGAACAGCCAGGGCGGCGGCUGACAUGGAGCAGCCGUGCCGCUGAGGAUCUGCCCUCCCCUCCUUGAGGUGGGGGCCCACCAGGAUGAACAAACCGUCUGGGGAGCUGGCCCGCGACUUAGAGCGCAGCCUGCCGGCCGUGGCCUCCCUCAGCUCGUCGCUGUCCCACAGCCAGACCCUCUCAUCGCACUUGCUCCCGCCACCUCCUGAGAAGCGCAGGGCCAUCUCUGAUGUCCGCCGCACCUUCUGUCUCUUUGUCACCUUCGACCUGCUCUUCGUCUCCCUGCUCUGGAUCAUUGAGCUGAACACCAAGACAGGUAUCCAGAAAAACCUGGAGCAGGAGAUCAUCCACUACAACUUUAAAACUUCCUUCUUCGACAUCUUUGUGCUGGCCUUCUUCCGCUUCUCGGGACUGCUGCUGGGCUACGCUGUGCUGCGGCUCCGGCACUGGUGGGUGAUUGCGGUUACCACGCUGGUUUCUAGUGCAUUCCUCAUUGUCAAGGUCAUCCUCUCUGAGCUGCUCAGCAAAGGGGCAUUUGGCUACCUGCUCCCCAUCGUCUCCUUUGUCCUUGCCUGGUUGGAAACCUGGUUCCUUGACUUCAAAGUCCUACCCCAGGAGGCUGAGGAGGAGCGAUGGUAUCUUGCUGCCCAGGCUGCUGUCGCUCGCGGACCCCUCCUCUUCUCCGGCGCUCUGUCUGAGGGCCAGUUCUAUUCACCCCCAGAAUCCUUUGCAGGGUCUGACAAUGAAUCAGAAGAUGAAGUCGUCGGGAAGAAAAGCUUCUCUGCCCAGGAACGGGAAUACAUUCGUCAGGGGAAGGAGGCCACAGCAGUGGUGGACCAGAUCUUGGCCCAGGAGGAAAACUGGAAGUUCGAGAAGAAUAAUGAAUAUGGGGACACUGUGUACACCAUUGAGAUUCCCUUUCAUGGCAAGACGUUCAUCCUGAAGACCUUCCUGCCCUGCCCCGCGGAGCUGGUAUACCAGGAAGUGAUCCUGCAGCCCGAGAGGAUGGUACUGUGGAACAAGACGGUGACCGCCUGCCAGAUCUUGCAGCGAGUAGAAGACAACACCCUUAUCUCCUAUGAUGUGUCUGCAGGGGCUGCGGGCGGUGUGGUCUCCCCUAGGGACUUUGUGAAUGUCCGACGCAUUGAGCGACGCAGAGACCGAUACCUGUCAUCAGGCAUUGCCACCAGCCACUGUGCCAAGCCCCCAACACACAAAUAUGUCAGGGGAGAGAAUGGUCCUGGGGGCUUCAUCGUGCUCAAGCCGGCCAGUAACCCUCGAGUCUGCACCUUCAUCUGGAUCCUUAAUACAGAUCUCAAGGGUCGCCUGCCCCGGUACCUCAUCCACCAGAGCCUGGCAGCCACCAUGUUUGAGUUUGCCUUUCACCUGCGGCAGCGCAUCGGAGAGCUGGGGGCCCGGGCAUAACCAUGCCCCCUUGUCACCCUGCAGGCCAGGGUCCUGUCGCCACAGCCCCCAGAGCCAGAGAGGGGGGCCAGUGGGCUUCCCACUGCCCAAAGAGGACCUGCCCUCAAGCAGUGGGAGGAAGAACUUCCUCCCAUGGCGGCAUCUUGGCCCCAAGCUACCGCCCUUUACCGUGCUCCGCGGUGCCUGGGAGCCCUGGCCGUGAGCAGGUUGUGGGGUCAGGCAUCUGGACUUUGGGACUCUGGGGCUCUGGGGCUCUGCCGCUGAGGCAAGGGGCGUCUGUCCUGCUGAUGUUUACAUGGGGUCCCUGCCUCCUGGAGGAGGAGAUCCGCUGUCCCCUCCGUAGCCAGGGGCAGGGUCUGGAAUGGGAGCCUCGGGCUUGGUGGGGCAGGGCCAGGGCCCUGGGCAGGACGGAGGUCAGGGCAGCCUGUCACCAGUGUUAAGGUGCAGGAGCCCUUUCAUCUGCCUGCUCUCUCAUCACGGUUUUUUAGGAUUAUUUAAAGGGUCUGGGACCUUUUUCCCCAUGCACUUGUUGGGGGGGCAGGUGGGGAUGGUGGGUGCUGGCAGUAAACCUCUGCCUCUCCCAGGUUCUCUCCCUCCCCUCAGGGCCUCCUUGGGGAUCUUUGUAAUUUGAGCCAAUUAAAAAAAAAAAGCAACCCCUGCAGCCUGGCCUCUUCAGGGAGAGGAGGGCAGCACCAUGGAGCUGAGGAAGGAGUGAGCCGCCAUUGCAGACAGACACCUCACGUGCCCUCUCACACCCUCCCCGGAGCCCACAGGAGGCUGGAACCAGUGAGGACUGAGUUCCUGGAAGCCUCCCCCUUCCCUGAACGGUUCAACUGGCCAGAUGAACAGUCAGAGGAAAAUGCCCUGCCACCCUGCCAGGCCUCCUGUGAGGGAAGGUCAGGUUAAGGUCUCCAUGAUUUGGGGGGAGGCAGGAGAGACUCAACAGCACCCACAGCAGACCUUGACUGUUCCUAGAGUCCCAAGUCCGGAUGGCCUGGAGGUGGGGCCUGGGCUUCCAGGUCACUGAGGCACCUCUGGGAUCUCGGUCUCUCGGGGUCCACUCACUGCCCCCUCUGUCCCAUCACAAUCCCCAGGGGCAGCAGGGAGUCCGAUCCCAGACAAGGGCAAGGGGAGUGGCAGGCUGUCGGGAUACUUGUCCUGCCCUCCCUGCGGAGCUUCCAAAGGAGCCAACUUGCUUAGAGCCAGAGGGUCCCAUCUUGGUCCUGGCUGGGUGUGUGACCCUGGGCAAGGCUACCUCUCAGCCUCCAUUGCCUACUUGGUACAGAUGAGACUCAUUAUGUCAUAGGGCUGUUGUAAGAUGAAAAGAAAGCAAGAGUCGGGCAUAGUGCCUCAGUAAUCAAGCGUAUGCAGUUCCACUCCCAGCUGGAGCUCUACUGUCCCCACAAGGUCCUCAUCUCAGCUCCUGUUACCGCCUCUUCUGGUGUCUUCCCGGCAAUGCCCUCAUUCCUCCUCCCCCUGUGCCACCAUCCUGUGUGCCAGCUUCUUGAACCAUGAAUUGCUACUCAUGGCUGCUGGGUUGUCACAGUAGCCAUCCUGCCCCCCGUGAAUGAGAGCUGGCCCCUCCUAGGUGGCACAUUGCAGCUGGCAGGUCCCAGACCAUGGUGACCAGAAAGUGGGGAAAAUGAGGUCCAGAAAAGAGCAGGGACUGACCCAUGGUCACAGCCUGUGUAUGGCUGACUUGGGGCUAGAGCCGAAUCUUGUACCUCUGCCAUUCAUCAGAGCCCCUGGGUCCCCACCGCACCCCAUUUGACCCCACUUGGGGGGUCGGGGUAGAGCUGGGGGCCACCUCCCACACCUGCUUCCUCCACCCUCACUGGCUCUACCUGGGGACCACAUCUCUGACCACCAGCCAUGGAAAGGAGAAUACCGGGCAGAAGUUCGUGCCCAGGGUCCCAGGUGUGGAAUUAAUUUCCAGAAUCUUUGCCGGUGUGGUGGUGGUCAGGGACCAAGCCUUUGGGGACAGACACCUGAGGACAUGGUGGUACUGUCCCUGUCGAGGGACAUGGCCGUAAGAUGUGCCCUUGAGCCCAGGCAGAGGAGAGCAGUGGGGGCCUGGGUUCCCACUGUUUCCUGCUCUGUUUACAGACAAGCGACUGUCCUCUCUGGGCGAGGGGGAAGGGGUGGGGCAGAGGGCAAGUGCCAAGGUGGCACGAGGCUGGGCAUGUGCCUGGUCUCAGACAGUGUCUAAGCAGUGUCACACACCUGGAGGUGUCAAUCUGAGGACCCUGCCCCCACUGGAGCAUCUUGAUCUCUUCAGAAGCUGACCUCUGACCUGGGGGUAGCCAGAGUCCAGGUACCCCAACCCCCACCCUGAGCCCAGAGUCCUCCAUCAGUGAGUCUUGGCUCUGCUUAUAGCAUAUGACGCCAGAGGGGCUGAAAAUAGC